UAAUGUAAACUCCGAUUUAUUUUGACAACUGUUUUUAAUCAAACACUACAAUCGGAAUUAUUAUAAAAUAUUAAAAUUAUUAUAAAAUACUAAUAAAAUAAACAUGGCAUGGCGCGAGGACAUGGAUGUAGUGGUGGAGAAGUUUAAAGGUUUGUUUGAUUUCAGUGAAAAGCGCAACGAAUGGGCUUCAUUUGGGUCCGGGUUAUUGUUCUUCACGGGCUGGUGGCUUAUAUUUGACGUGGCGGCCCGUUAUCCCGAAAGCGGAUACUUCAACCACACGUAUUAUAUAUGUGGCAUUUGCUCGACAUUUGCACUGAUUAUGAUAAAUACGGUGACAAAUGAACAAAUCGAUGGCCACUCAUAUAGCGAGGGUUGUUGCGGACCACAGACGGCUCGCCUAUGGCUGUUAGUGGGCUUUGUGAUGGCUUUCGUGUCAGUGAUCGCAUCCGUUUGGAUACUAUUCGAGAACUAUGUCCAGGAAGACGCCAAAUAUAAGUACCCCGGAGUCGCUCUCUUUCUCCAGAAUUUAUUCAUUUUUGGCGCAUCUCUUCUCAUGAAAUACGGCAGAAAUGAAGAGCGAUAUUAAGAGUUUUGG